CGGUCCGGCUGGCACGCUGACCACCGCCAUAAGCAGUGCGACGUUACUCUCCAUACAUUGGUCGAGGAUCCGCGCCCUGGAACCGCCACAGUGCCCUCAUCGUGUCGGCAUCCCUGUCAGCGGUCCCGCUCUCGCAGAAACAGUGGGGGGCUGAGCAAGGCUUGCCGGCGUCGACGACGGGCCAGCCAGCGUCACCGGGCUGUGCAACUGCUCCUGUGAGCCUCCUGGCACGCACAGCCCCCCCAGUCGUAAAUAAUCCAGCGGGUUCGCUGCCACAAUCUACGAGCCUGUGAGUCUACUAGUUAACUACAGCACUUACCGUUCCCGUCAAACUGCUUUUUGCUUGGUUUUGGGGGCCAGUUAGAUCGCACCAUGUCAGAGAAACCUCCAGACGAGAUUCAGCCCCCACUUGCACAGCAACACCACCAACAUCAACAACAACAGCCUUACUCGCCGAGAACCAGCGUUGCCAGCCAAGGCCAACCGCAAUGUGACCCGGAGAAGAUCGCGCUGGAGCGGCCCGACCCACCGCGCAGCUACACGGACGGCACGUUAGUCGACACAACGAGCCCUCCAGCGGACAUGGACAUGGACAUCGAGCGGGACGCGGAGGCGCAGCUACCACGGCGCGCCACGACCGGCAGCAGCAUCAUGCACAAGCUGGGCGGAAUCAAGCAGAUGGCGCGCAACCUGACGGGGGGCCUCAGCCAGCGCGAGCGCGACGACGCCGACCUCACGCCCGAGCACAUCGACUACCACCCCAACGGGUACCCGCGCCUCGCCGCCUGGAUCAACAGCGACGAGAACUUCCUCAUGUGCCGCCGUUACGGCUUCCUGCACGCCCGCGUCAUGCUGUACCGCCAGGACGAGCUGCGCGAGCUGGAGCAGGCGCUGCUGGACCUGGAUGCCGAGGACGAGGAGCGCGAUCGCCGGUUCUUGAUGUCGCGGGAGAAGGAUGACCGAAGAGAGGGCGCGGAGCGGAAGAAGCUGAUUAACGAGAUCGAUGCGAAGUUGAAAGAGUAUGACGACGCCGUCAUGCGCGCCCGCCACAUGGCGUCUUUGCCCAAAGCCGAGGACCGCAACUACGACAGCCUCGCCAACUGGAUGAGCAACCAGGCGCCGCUCUGCGGCACGGAGGCGCGCUUCGUCGAGCACCAGCAGGACUUUGUCGCGCUGCUCGACCCCAAAGAAGGCGGCUGGUUCGACGCGUUCAUCGAAGACAUCAUCUUGCCGUUGUUCCCCCGUAGGAUGACUAUGCUCAUGUUCUCCGACCGCUCUCAGCGUCUCAGUACUCGUGACAAGCACACUUAUCUCUUCUCUAAGCCGCGUAUCGACCGCUUCGCUCGUAUCCUCGUCACCUGCCUUGCCGUUGCGCUGCUCAUGGCGCCUGUCGUCGUGUUGUUCCAAGACGGAGAAUCAGGCGCGGUGAAAAUCGUCGUCAUCCUCGUCUUCACGCUCGGCUUCUCUGCUGCCUUAUCUGUCUUUACCAAGGCAAAGCGGCACGAGGUGUUUGCUUCUACUGCAGCAUACUGCGCCGUACUAGUCGUCUUCCUCGGGAACUUCAACUAACCCUCCAAACCAGCUAUACUACAAAAUGUCAGAAGAGCAGGGGCCGGGCUGCUAAAAGCUGCCUGCUGGGCACUGGCAGCAAUGCCAACGUAAAAACUAUAUACUACUCCACUCGCUAGACGAGACGCUAAAGCUGGAGAGAGGCAGCGCGGUCUGCCUGUUAUACUACCUAUGAGAACAUGAGAACGAGAUGAGAAAUGGCAAUGGCAAUGAUAACGAAAAUGACAAUAACUAUUAUAAGUAGUUGGACAUGUCUGAAUAUUGCGCAGCGAGAGUAGCAGGAAACAACUUCAAGAAUCCAAACAAGCACUGC